CGAAUAUGGCGGAUGAUGAGGCGUGUCCAACAGUUUCAAGCCCGCCCGCUCCUCUUGCCAAGGCUCAGGGUCCAUGCUUCGGAUCUUCGCCGGUGGAAUCUCGGCUCUUGUUCUUCGUCAUUCCAGCGCUCAGCUCCGGACAGAGGCGUCCAACACCAUCGUUAGCCGUCACGAAAGCCGCCCUCCCAUCGAUAUCUGGCAUUAGAGGCACAGCAAGCGGUCAAUAGCUAUGACAAAGUUAACAUCGCGGGCCAGGCAGCCUCACCGACGACAUAGACCCAUCUUUUAGCCUCUCAUUCACGAUGUCAUGAUGCUGACAUGUCUGUACUCCAGUCGCUUCUUCUCCUUUAAACACAUCAUACUCACGCCCCGCCAUGCUACGACUAUUUGCUCGCAAUCUUCCUCCCAUUCGCAAUCCCCUGUUUUCACAAGUACCCAGAACCUCUCACGUAAUCCUCAGAGACAAGUACGUUAUCGACAAGCAAAUGUCAAACCCCGCCGGCCGUCCCGGCAAUGACUUUGACAUGGCGGCGACCGUGCUGUUUCUUGCUGGUCCAGGAGGCGUCUUCUACAAUGAGCAGGUGCUUUAUCCGGAUGGAGGUAAUACUCUCGUCCAACCGGCGGCGAAGUAAAGCAACGAGGGAAGUCUGCCUGAGGCAAAAUAAAAUAAAGAAAUGCAGGUGUACGACUUGAGCAAGAGUCCAGGCAUAUCCAUAUGUCUUGGUAUUUCGUAACGUCAUAAGUCAUGACUCAUAAUGCGGCUCUUUCACAGCCUUGAGUAAUAUCCUUGAAUCUGAAACGCUGUCCCAUCGUUCUUCACACAACUGGGGGGCCUCUGUACUCUUACAUUCCCGAGGUUGUUCGCGGAGACGCUCCCAAAAGCCGGCACCAUCUCCACCUUGUGUCGAUAGUGAUUCGGCAACCCGUUGCUCUU